AUGACGCCCAACCCCAACUUUCCUGCCAACCUCGACAUCCAUGCCUCUACUGGCACCCAUUCACACCUUUCAGACCACCUCGACACGCGUUUCGGCACAAAUGCUCAGGAAACCGCGAUUCGCCAAUAUGGAAUUGCUGGCAGAGUCUGGGAAGCAGCAUAUGCCAUGACGCUCUUCAUCAUCCCACCUGCGACUAUUGAAUUCGACCUACCCCUCGUCGACGCGUUGCGGGCAGAUGAUAGAAUCACGAUGGUUGAACUGGGCUCUGGCUCAGGUCUCGUUGCGUCUACUGCUGCAAGACUCCUCAAGCCAGGCCGCGAUCUGUUUAUUGCGACGGACUUGCCCGAGGUACAAGAGGUGUGCUCCUUGCUCGAAAGCAAUCUAGCUUCAGAUCAAAAGAGCGUCAUCGUUCAGCCGCUAUCGUGGGGUAACCCCGCAGAUGCAUCCAGAUUGGCUUCUCUCUACUUCACGGAUGACGAUCCGUUGAGAUCCAGGAAGAUGACGCAUAUAAUAUGUAGCGAUCUCGUCUACUUCCCGGAAUUGCUAGCCCCGCUCCUUCGAACCUUGCUUCAUCUCUCAUCGCCGCCUUUUACCUCUCCCUCGGCCACCCAACAGCCUUCUCUAUUCAUAUCCUACAAGAUCAGGAGCCUGGCCAAAGAGACUGCAUUCUGGUCAGCUUUCGGGCUUUGGUUCGACUUUCAACCGGUCCUAAUGAAGAACGGGUCAGAGAAGAGCCAUUGGCAACGGUUCGGAUCCGACUUUGACGAUACGACCUUUCUUUUUGUUGCACACCGUCGACAUGAAUCUUUCGACUGGAAGGUCCCGUUAUCGGAUCCAGAUCUACUUGGGGGUGUUGGGGCUCACGGUUCAGACACAAGGAAGGGGGAUGACACUUUUGAGAAUCUGUUAUUGAUGAUGAUGGAAGAUUAG